AUGAGUAGAAGUCGCCAGAAAAAUGUUCGCGAACCAAGUGAGGUUGAAGCAUGGAAAUUGAUGAUGAACAGCAUGUUAGAGUUCGUAGUUGCGUCAACGAAACUGAUGGAAACCAUCACCAACCGCGCAGGGGUGACCCCUGCCCCCAGCUCGGAAGACGAUGUCUGCGAAGGGGCCUGCGCUGCUAACGAGGUGGCGAAAGAGACGCAGACUGCUAUUGCUCCCGAUCCUGGUACUGAUCCUGCUGCCGCACCCGAUCCCGAUCCUGCCGCCACUCCUGCUCCCGAUCCUGCCGCUACUUCUGCUCCCGAUCCUGCCGCCGCACCUGUUCCCGAUCCUGCAGCCGCUCCUGUUACCGAUCCUGGAGCCGCUCCGACUCUCGAUUCUGCUGCCGAUCCUGCUGCUGCUCCGACGCCCGAACCUGCAGUCGCUCCGGUUCCUGAUCCUGCUGCCGCACCUGCUCCCGAUCCUGCCGCUUCGCUCCGGCUCCUGAUCCUGCUGCCGCACCUGCUCCCGAUCCUGCCUGCUGCUGUACCUGCUGCCGCUCCGACGCCCGAACCUGCAGUCGCUCCGGCUCCUGAUCCUGCUGCCGCACCUGCUCCCGAUCCUGCCACUGUACCUGCUGCCGAUCCUGCUGCCGCACCUGCUCCCGAUCCUGCUCCUCCAACUGAGGGAGCAACUUAUCAGGAAAAGCUAGAUCCAACAAAACAAGCAACAGGUGAGAAACCAGCAGAGCCGGCUGAAGAGGAAGCAUCUGAAAGUUCGAGUGAAUCGGAUUCAGAAGGAGAGGAACUUGCCGAGGAGCUCUGUGUGUGUCGCAUUGUUAAACGGAUAAAGAAAAUAGUUUCUACGGUUGGAGUAAAUGUCGACAAAUAA